UGAAGAACCUUGGUGUCCUGUGUGUCUUUUAACCUCGCCGUCCCUCGCCGGACUCGGCUCCCUUGGCCGGACGCGGCAAUUGGAGGCUCCCACUGAGAUCCGGAAAGCAGGGGAACUGAGAAGCCCAUUUGGAUCCCAGAGCGCUGCACCAGACCGGUGAAUGAAAAUUCAAGACAAAAUGAAGUUCCCAAGAUGGCUGAUCCUGCCGCUGUUGUUCUCACCCCUUCAAGUGAGUGCCGAGACACACCUCAUGAGCUGGACCCCUCUUGUGGCAUUCCUUCUGGACAGGUUUGCUGAAGGAGGGCUUGACCCCCCACCUGGGAAUAUUCAUGAAUAUCUUUUUGGAGCCCCUUGUGAGUGUAAGGGAGGGCCCCAGCACUCGGCCCCCUCUGGUUAUAUCCAGAGCAUUGAUUGUGGGACUAAAGUAGCCUACAUGGCGGCUGAACUCAAUGAAAACAUCGGAGGAUUUAAACAACCAAAAUGGGUAUGUGUUAAUAAGCCCGGACUUGUUGUCCCUAAUCCGACCAAGACUCUUGGAAGCUGUUCCGCCACUUGUCAUUACACCCCGGCAAUGCACAUCUCCUGUUAUACAUCGGCCUCAAUUUGUGUUAAUAAUCAAGGAAAACAGUAUUUUGAGGCCAUCCUAACUAACACCCGUGGAGAAUGGGGGACCACUUAUAAUUAUAUUCCUUUUCUUGGUGACCGGGGAGGGGAAGGCAUCACGACUCGGUUAACUGAGGCGGGAUGUGAGGGCGUCGUGGGUAAACCCUCCUGCUGGCCCAUGCAGGCCCCUAUCGGAAUCUCUGACGGAGGGGGACCCACUGAUGCUAUUAAACACCUUCAGGUGAUUAAGCUUUUAAAGCCGGAGAUCCCUAAGCCUACAUACCACCCCUUGAUAUUGCCCAAAUCCCAGUUUCCUGAUUUAGAUGCCAAUACAUUAGAUAUCCUAGAAACUACCUUUUCUUUACUUAACAGUUCCAAUCCUACAUCAUCCUAGAUGAUGUGCAAACCCUGUCGGGAACCAUUAAAGACUUACAAGACCAGAUAGACUCCCUAGCAGAAGUAGUUCUUCAGAACAGGCGGGGUUUAGACUUGCUUACUGCCAAUCAAGGGGGAAUUUGUUUAGCCCUUGGGGAGAGGUGCUGUUUUUAUGCUAACAAAUCUGGCAUAGUUCGCACAAAAAUUAAACAACUCCAAGAAGACCUAGAAAAAAGGAGGAGGGAAUUAUUUGAGAACCCUCUCUGGACUGGACUUAAUGGAUUUUUGCCUUAUCUUCUUCCCUUAUUGGGACCAUUGUUAGGCCUCCUUCUAGUAGUGGCAAUAGGACCCUACAUUGUAAAUAAGAUAGUACAAUUCAUUAAGGAUCAAAUUAAUAUCUUAGCCUCUAAGCCAAUACAGGUUCACUAUCAACGCUUGAAGAUGGAUGAUCGCCUCUCUGAGAUAUACUUCAGACCUAUCCGAAGAUGAGUGUCCUCCUUAAAAAAAGAACUCCUGCCAUAUCUUUUCUCUAUGCAUACCUCUCCCUCUUGCCUUCCUGUACUAGGAUCUUUGCUGUCUAAUCUCUCGGUCCAAUCACAUCUGCCAUUCGGCGGUGACGGUCAUGGGUCCCGUGGGUGGAGACGGUUAAGCGUUUACCGCAAUAAUGUCUUGAUAGGUCAUAACACCUUGAGCUGAUCUUGUAGUACCCAGUGACGGGCAACUUUCACGCUUGCUGUGCGACCUAAGCCAGGGAAUCGGGGCCUUCCCAGAGACGGGUAAGCAUCGCAAGGGCUGUGAACGACCUAAGACAGGGGCUACUUGAUUCCCACUGACAUGCAAAAAACAAAAGAGGGGGACUUGUUGGCAACAGGUCCACCUUGGCCCCUGGAGCCCUACCUCCACUAGUUUGUUCUGCAUGCCAGUGUGGCCAGCUCACAAGGCCAUGGCGAACUUGCGGUUUUUCUGUUCCUGCUUAUCCGUCUGAGACAUAUGUAUCCCACGGGAAUGCCUUGACCUUUUCUGGUCUGAUGGACUUAUUGUUAAGGGAGGUUUCGGUACCUGACAAUAAUAGAUGUUGAAACUAAAUUUCUCCCCCCUCCCUCCUGCUUUUGGGUAGUUUUCCACUUCUGCUGCUUGGGGUAUAAAAAAAGGU